UUGCGCCGACGCGACGCCGGCCGUGGGCGCCAUCUUGCCGCCGGCGGGGGGAAGCGGAGCAGCGGGCAGCGCCGCGCCAUGCCGCACUACCAGGCCUGGGAGGAGUUCACCCGCGCCGCUGAGAAGCUGUACCUCGCCGACCCCAUGAAGGUGCGGGUUGUUCUCAAAUAUCGGCACUGUGAUGGGAACCUUGUUAUCAAAGUAACGGAUGAUGUAGCUUGCCUGCUGUAUAGAACAGACCAAGCACAAGACGUAAAGAAGAUCGAGAAAUUCCAUAGCCAGCUAAUGCGACUCAUGGUGUCUAAGGAAUCCCGCAGUGCUGCCAUGGAAACGGACUGAAUUGCUGAAAAUAAAAUGAAUGCUCCAGUCAUAUUUCACUGGAAGAAAAUAUCUCUGAAUUGAACGAAUAGUGGGACAGGAGAUGCUUCUAUGUACUGAAGUGGACAAGCUGACAAGUCUGAAGUGUUUUCUUCCCCAGACUCCACUUUGGAAAUCUAUGAAAAUAAAUGCUUUCAAUCGAAAGCUUAUAUUUAUUUUUGGGAAUUGAACAAGAAACUAUUCUUACACACUAAGUAUGUUAAGAAGACAAAUCUUUACAAAUGUACAGUACUCUUGCCUGAUUUUGAUGGCCCACACAUGUAUUUCUGGAAAGUUAUGAUAAAAUUUCAUAUAGAUUUCAUUGUGUUCAAAUGUUAUGCUGGUGUAUUCUUACAGUGAGGUUUAUUAACCGAAUACUGUAGCACGAUGACUGGAUCUAAUAAAUAUUUACAUAAAUGAUAUAUUUCAGAGGGGGGGAGGGUAGAAGAGUGGGUGUUUUCUGAAUUGAAAUGUUAAAAUUGCCAGUGUAUACUAACACUGUCACUAGCAGCAUUUUAGAUCUUUGUAUUGAUCAUGGUCAUAUGUUGUGUAACAUCAUCAGUGAUGCAGUCUGUAGAACUGUUACUGGCUCAAUAAUUAAACUUCUCUAUUUAAAACCUUAAAGUAACACUUAGAUUUUUGUAGUUACCUAGCAAUACUCAAGCAGAGUCUUUCUUGUUAUGCAAAUACUGGUAUUAAAUAUCAGAAGCUUUUCUUCCAGUACUUGAACUACUUUAUACUAGCAGGGGGAGCCUUUUCCAUCCUUGCUUCAGGCAAAGUCUAUCAGCAGGACAAAUUCUAGAAACUGUUGCCUAUUACGUUAAUAGAAAAAUGCAACCAAACACUCUCCAGAGUCGUCGUUUUAGCAGCUUGCUAACUGCAUUUUCAAAUGUUAUAUGUGCAGAUGGAUGUCAGCCAACUGAAAAAAUGGAUGAAAACCAGCUUAAUAAAUACUUAAAUACUACCGUCAAAAAUAGACGAAUGCUCGUGUGGCUUAGACUUGUUUCCCAUUGUUGCCUCUGGUAGCGUAUGGAAACUUUAGCUGUCUUUUGCAAAGGCUUUUUGCUUGACAACCCAGUAGCUGAAAUUGAUACUUGCUUUGACUAGGCUUUGCAUACCUAAAACCAGAUGUUUUUUUAAUGUAAUUAUGAUAUUAAGCCAUGAAAGCAAAACAGAGCUGUUCAAAGACUUGUCUGUGCUGGCAUUUAAAUAUAACAAAACAGCCUUCUUAAAUAACUACCUGUUCUCACAUAAAAAUAACUGAGCUACUCAGAAGCAAUGGAAUUCCCAUAUUUUCCAAGGACUCAAACCAAAGCUCAGGCUUGAGUAUUGCAUGAGAAUACCACCCAUUCAGCUGAUCAUACAGUGUUGCAUACUGUUG